AUGGCGAAUCAGAGGAAGUGUAGCUCUUCAAUUUCAUGUGUUCCCAUCGAUAGUAACAGCACUUCGAACAGUGCUGCUGUUACCAGUAGCACAAGCGAUCGCCAAAGACCUCGUCGGCCGUCAGCCAUCGUGAUUGGUAGCGGGUUUUCCGGGCUGGCAGCAGCUCACGCGCUGCAUCACGCGUCGUUCGAGGUAGUGGUUCUAGAGGCAAGGAAUCGCAUCGGAGGUCGAGCGUUCACAGACUACUCUUUUGGUUUUCCGCUUGAUCUAGGUGCUGCUUGGCUGCACGGUGUUUCUGAGAGUAAUCCAUUGGCUCGGCUGAUUGCGGACCUCCAGCUUCCGCUCUACCGAACCAGCGGGGAUGACUCGGUGCUUUACGAUCACGACCUGGAGAGCUAUGCAUUGUACGAUGAGGAUGGGAUGAAGAUUCCCCAAGACGUGGUGGAACGAGUGGAGCGCGUGUUUGAAGAGAUGCUGGAAGAGACUCGACAGAUUUGCGCAACUACAAGCGAGGACAUGAACAUGGAGCAUGCCCUGGCUCUGGUGGAGCAGCGCAGGCCAGAUUUGGUGUUGCAAGGGGUGGAGAGGCGGGUUUUGCAGUGGUACCUGUGCCGCUUGGAGGGGUGGUUCGCUACAGACCUGAAGAACCUCUCAGCCAAAUGCUGGGAGGAGGAGGAUCUCGUGGAAGGAGGUCACGGGCUCAUGGUCAACGGCUACCUGCCCGUGCUGGAAGCGCUUGCUGCUGGGCUGGACAUUCGUUUUAAUCACAGAGUGGUCAGCAUUGACUGGUCCUCAGCACAGGAUACAGACAAACUAGUUGCCAGAGGGAUGGAUACAGCAGGGGUGGUAGGGGCAACGAGCGUAGAGGCAACACGGGUAGGUGCAGCAGUGGAGGCAGGAGCGACAGGGCAGCAGCAGGGCAGUCACCAGUGUAACAGGCUCACCAAGCAGGGUUCCACUACCCGCUUCUUACCAUGUGCUAGCCUCAGGUGCACUGAGUGUAACAGUUGUGAUCUAGGCAGUAACAGCCAUGGCAGCAUGCUCAACACAAGCAGCAGAAUUAGCAGCAUGUGUGGCCACUUACGUCCUGCUGACAAUCCCGGUUCUUCCAGUAGUGAAGCUGCAGCUGGCGUCAGCAUGCCACGUAGACCUGGUGUCCACAUCACCACGGCCGUCGGCGCCGUUUUUUCUGCUGACGUGGCAAUCGUGACCCUUCCAGCUGGUGUUCUGCGCCUGUCUGUGGGCCACGGUGGCAGCUCAACUCAGGAGAUCCCCUUAGCUGAGACAGCCAGUGGUGUUAGUCGCAGCAACUGCAGUAACUGCAGUAGUAGCAGUAACAGUUAUAAAUGCAGUAACAGUUAUAAAUGCAGUAAAUGCAGCAGAAUAGGCAGCAGCAGCAGCACCCAUCCGUCCACCACUCCUCCCCACCCCAACCGCAUCCAAUUCUCCCCUCCCCUUCCCCCAUCCAAAUGCACCGCACUCCACUCCAUCGGAGUCGGCAUCGAAAACAAAAUCGCUCUCCUCUUCCCCUCCUGCUUCUGGCCCUCGGUAGAAUUCCUGGGAGUGGUGGCAGACACGCCCUACGCGUGCAGCUACUUCCUCAACCUGCACAAGGCGAGCCGGGGCGAGAGGGCAGUGCUGGUGUUCAUGCCGGCUGGGAGGUUAGCAGAGGAGAUGGAGGGGAUGGGGGAGAGCGAGGCUGUGGCGUUCACCAUGCUGCAAUUGAGAAAGAUCCUGCCCCACGCCCCUGAACCGAUCCAGGCACGCAUCACCACAUGGGGGUCAGACCCCUUUUCCCUCGGAUCCUACUCGUACGAUGCAGUGCACGCCCCUCCAGACGUCUACGAUUCCCUCCGCGCCCCCCUCCCUCCCCUCUUCUUUGCCGGGGAAGCCACCUCCCGCGCCCACCCCGGCACUGUUCACGGCGCGUUCUCCACUGGGCGGCAAGCUGCAAGAGAGGCGGUGGAAUUUGUCCGGUUGCUGGGUUUCGGGGAGGAGUCGAGGAUGGUAGGGAAGGAUGAGAGCAAGAAACACGUGGCGCUGCUGCCAGAAUCAGUGGUUUCAGGAGGAGAUGUGAAAGGGGAAGACAGCAAUUUGUCUCAGGUGGAUGCUUAUCAAAGUGGUACCAAGUGGCCCAAGUCUCGCAAGUCUCACGACUCACUCGAGCAGGGGCAAGUGGGAAACGGCCCAGCUUUCUCAGACCCGUCCGCGUUGACACAGCACGUGGUUUCUGGGGAGAUUGAGGCGGUUUCACGAGAAGAAUGGUGCAUCCGCGGGCCGAUCGGGCUUCUCUCCGUGCUUGUAUCGCGGCCCGCCAUGUCGUGGAGGGGAUAUAAAAACAGCGUGAAUGGCGGCGGCGGCGGCGGAGGCGGCGGAUGGAACGGAUCGGCUACUCCUCCACCUUCCUUUAAUCCGUCCGCGCCUCCGCCUAAUACGUCUGCGCCGGUGUGCUUUAGUUUCCUCUCCCCUGCCGGAUGCCGAUUCGGCCACAGCUGUCGUUUCUCCCACUCCGCGCUUCCCCAAUCCCUCUCCGCGCUUCCCCAAUCCCUCUCCGCGGUUACGCCUGCCCCCUCCGCGCUUCCCCAAUUCCUCUCUGGGUUACCCCCUAUCCACUCCGCGCUUCCCCAACCCCUCUCCGCGGUUCCCCCUGCCCACAAUUCGCUUCCCCAAUUCCUCUCCGCGUUUCCCCCUACCAGCACCGCGCUUCCCCAAUCCAUUUCCGCGUUUCCCCCUGCCCACCCCGUGCUUCCCCAAUCCCUCUCCGCGUUUCACCCUUCUCACUCCGCGCCCCUCCCCUCCCCGUUUCUCGGUAUCUCAUCCGCGAAUCCACUCUCGAUUGCCUUCCAGCAGCUUUCGACGAACCCUCAAGGAAAUUUCCAAGCGGGGCAUAGAGAGGGGCAUGCAGGUGCAGGGGGCGAGUGUGUGAGAGUGAGUGUGAUGUCGUACAACGUGUUGGCGUCCUGCCAUGCUGCCAAGUUCGCCCGCGAGCUCUACCCCGGAGUGCCAAGAGGCGUGCUGCACUGGAACCAGCGGAGGCACGGCAUCGUGAAGGAGAUCAAGCAGCAUGCGCCGGACCUCAUCUGCUUGCAGGAGGUGGACAACCAUGCGGAUCUAUGUGGAGCGAUGAGCAAGCUGGGUUACGACAGCAUCUUUCAGUGUCGCACAGGAGGCAACAAGGAUGGCUGCGCUAAUUUCUGGAAUACCAAGAGGUGGUCCUGUGUUGACUCCCAGUCCAUCGAGUUUGCAGCUGUUGGUCUGAGAGACAACGUUGCCCUGCUCACUGUGCUAAAGUUUGUUCGAGAAACCAAGGAGGGGGAAGGAGUCGAGGAUCUGGAAGAAGGAGAAGAGAGGGACGAAGAGAAUAGCAGCCUUCUUGUCCUGGCCAACAUCCACGUGCUUUUCAACCCCAAGCGGGGAGACAUCAAGCUGGCUCAGAUGUCCCGGCUCCUGUCUGCCGCCCAUCAGCUGUCGGAGAAGCAUGGGAGCUGUCCGGUCGUGGUGUGUGGGGAUUUCAACGCCACUCCUGCUAGUGCACUCUAUGACUUCAUCGCUUCAUCACAGACCGAGAAUCGCCAUGCAUGCCCCAAGGGUGAACCUUUGCUGACGUCUUUCCAUGCGAACUUCUGCGGAACUGUGGAUUACAUCUGGCACACCCACGAGCUGGAGGUGCAGCGGGUGCUAGACGUGCUCCCAGCAUCCCACUUUGCUCACAAUGGUGCCAUGCCCACUCACCGCUGGCCCAGCGACCACUUCUCCCUCGUUGCAGAGUUCACCCUCCGAUGUCAGUCGAAAGAGCAGUAA